AUUCUCACCGACAUAGAAUCAAUCAUGGUACACAUUGUGCACCCAAUAAUCUCUCAUGUGUGUGUAUAUAUAUAUACAUAUAUAAUGACCAACACAACACUCCAUGCUACAUUAAAAGGCAUUUGAGAAUUUUUAGAGCUUCACCGAAUCAAAAUUCCAAAUGGAAUUUUUCACGAAAACCAUUUCUCAAUUUGGAUUCCAACAGGGAACCAACCUUCUGAACUUAUUCCUCCUCCUUCUUCUGCCUAUCUCAUUUUUUAUCUUCAAGCACUUUAAGGCUUGUUUUAUAUCCACAUCGGUUCCACCAGGUCCAUUUCCAUGGCCGAUUUUCGGCAAUAUUCUUCAAAUCGGAAAAAACCCACAUAAAUCUUUUGCACGCUUUGCUCAAACCUAUGGUCCUCUCAUGUCACUCAAACUUGGAAAUGAGCUUCUCAUCGUCGCCUCAUCCCCAACUGCUGCAACUGAAAUUCUCAAGACCCACGAUAGGAUUUUAUCCGGCCGAUACAUUCCUCAUGUCCCACCGGAAAAGAGCUCGGAAUUCAGCAAUUUCUCACUCGGUUGGAGUCCUGAUUGCAACGACUACUGGAAGAAUUUACGUACCAUUUAUCGUGGUGAGCUAUUUUCAAGCAAAGCAAUUGCUAGUCAAGCAUGUAUAAGAGAGAAAAGUGCCAUGGAAAUGUUGGAAUUUAUAGGCAAAAUGCAAGGUAAGCAGGUGAAAAUUAGAGAUGUGACGUUUGCUGCCGUGUGUAAUAUGCUUAGCAAUGUUUUGGUCUCGAGAGACCUUGUAAACCUGGAGGAUGAAUAUGUAAAUGGGAAAGUAAGUAGGAUUGUGAGGAAUAUGACAAAAGUGGCUUCUUUCCCAAAUUUUUCCAUUUUUUGUCCAAUUUUAGCUCCUUUUGAUCUACAAGAUCUGCGUAAACCAUCCAUGGAGCUCGGAAACAGUGUCUACAAGAUUUGGGAGGCAAUCAUCAAAGAAAGGAAGGAAAGUAAAGUUGGAUAUGGUUGGACCCCACAAGAUUUUUUCAAUGCUCUCACCAACAAUGGUUCUUCCAUUCAACAAAUGAAUAUGAUGUUUGUGGAGCUGCUAACUGCUGGUACAGAUACUAGUAGCUCCACAGUCGAAUGGAUGUUGACAGAACUAAUGAGGAAUCCAAGAUGCAUGAAAGCCGUCAAAGAAGAACUUGUUAAAGAAAUCGACCGAGAUUUUAUAACCGAAUCCGAUCUUCCAAAAUUGACAUAUCUUCAAGCCUGUUUCAAAGAGACCAUGAGGCUACAUCCUACCGCGCCACUUCUUCUUCCUCAUAGAGCUUUGGAAACAUGCCAAGUGAUGAACUACACCAUUCCAAAGCAUUCUCUUGUUGUCGUGAACUUCUGGGCUAUUUCUCGAGACCCUAAUAUCUGGGAAGACCCAUUGGUGUUCAAACCAGAGAGAUUCCUCGAUUCGAGUUUGGAGUUCAAAGGGAAUGACUUUGUGUUCAUACCCUUUGGUGCAGGAAGGAGAAUCUGCCCUGGCCUUCCCAUGGCAGCCAAGCAAGUUUCAUUGGUUGUUUCUUCUCUGAUCCAUUCCUUUGAUUGGUCCCUUCCAAAGGGAAUGGAUCCAAAUGAUUUAGAUGUGAGUGAGGUGUUUGGUCUUGUUAUGACGAAGAAAGAACCUCUUCUUCUUGUUCCUUAUGCUAAAGCUUAAAAGAAAAGUUUAUUCCGUUUCCCCUAGCAAGCUAGCUAGCUCCCAAUAACGCAGUGUCCUGUUGUUGAGUGUGUUUCAGUACGAAUUGUUUUCCCAUCACAAAAACAUAUGGUGCAAUUUCAAAUUUACAUAAUUUAGAUCUAUCUAUGGUAUUUUUGUAAUAUCUACA